UCAGCUUGCAAAGAUGGACAUGGAACCAGAUGUUAGGAUAACCAACCUCAACCUGCAUAAAGGCCACCGUGUGGAAGUGAGAGGACGUAUUGCAAAAGGCACUAACAGAUUUGCUGUUGAUUUGGGAACAGAUAGCAGGAAUUUGAUCUGUCACUGCAACCCUCGAUUUGAAUAUUCCGUGGAUAAAAACACCAUCGUUUUAAACUCAAAGCAAAACGAUGUCUGGGACAUUGAAAAAAAGGAAACUGCUUUUCCAUUCAAGUCGGGUUCAGAAACCAUGCUGAUCUUUGAUUUUGAAGACUGCAUAACGGUGCAUUUACCUGAUGGCAAAGAAAUCCCAUUCACCUGUCGGUUUCCCAUAGAAGUGAUUAAUUACCUGGCUCUCAAUAACAUCGAGCUCAUUUCAAUCUCAGUUCAUUAACUGAUCUGUAAAGAUACGGCGGCAUCUCGAAAAAUACGACUUUGGCCAAUGACACAGAUACAUAAUGAUCCUGUUAUAGAUUAACAUUAUAUUUCACAAAGUGUAGAAAGAGUAGCCUGCACCUCUUCAUCUGCUGUUAUGCUAUUGGCUGCUGAAAAGUGUAUUACUUCAUGAUUCUAUUCAUUGUUCAGCCUCUAAAAAAUUUAUGUUACCUAAUAUUUUAGAAUUAAUGCAGUGUCUGAUCACAGUUACUAAUGCGUCAUUCACAAUAUAUUAAGUGAGGGUUUGCUAUGUGUGUAUAUGCUUUUAUUAACACUGGAUCCUUUGCUAGCUGAAUAUUCAACUGCACUCACAAUAAAGUCUUAUUGCAUC